CAGCCAGGAUGCUGAUCAAAGUGAAGACUCUGUCAGGGAAAGAGCUCGAGAUCAACAUUGACAAGGUGGAGCGGAUCAAGGAGCUGGUGGAGGAGAAGGAGGGGAUCCCCCCCCAGCAGCAGCGCCUCACCUAUGGGGGGAAGCAUAUGAACGACAAGAAGACGGUGGCCAACUACAAGAUCCAGCAUGGCUCCGUCCUCCAUCUUGUCCCUGCCCUCCCGGUCCCGCCCCUUUCUAAAGUUUUCCUCCCUCGCAUGCUCCCCUGUUUAAUAAAGUUUCUUUGUGAUGUCAUGCCGGCAGCCUGUGAUGUCAUCUGA